GCCCCACUUAUCUACCGGUAGACAACAUCCCACCAAUGGUGAGAGCCUGCAUAGGCUCUGCAGCCCCUCUUGCCUCCUCACGACUCCCAUAUCCGCCAAAGCUCACACCAAAUAAUACCCUCCGCCUCCGCUCCGCCGUACACGCCACCACCACCACCGCCGCCACAAUGCCCGACCACCACCAUCCCCACCCGUCGCUCGAAGUUGUCGGUGGAGCUCUUAGCUCUUUCCUCCCCGCAUUCACAACUCUGAACCGUCCGUACAAUCCCUUUCCCCUAAUUGGAUGGAAUCGGCACGUCGAGACCAUCUUUGCCGCCUUCUUUCGCUCUCUCCCGGACGUCAGAUUCAGGCGUGUGUGUCUCAGGACCAAGGAUGACGGCGCCGUCUCCCUCGACUGGGUCUCCGGCGACGACGAUCAGCUACCGCCCGAUUCCCCUGUCCUCAUUUUACUUCCAGGUCUAACUGGAGGGAGUGAGGAUACUUACGUGAGGCAUAUGCUGGUUAGAGCCAGAAGUAAAGGAUGGCGAGUUGUGGUGUUCAACAGUCGUGGCUGUGGAGAUAGCCCUGUGAUCACACCUCAGUUCUAUUCAGCUUCAUUUAUAGAAGAUCUUCGUGAAGUCGUGACACAUGUUUCCACUCGGUACCCAAAAGCCAAUCUGUAUGCUGCUGGGUGGUCUCUUGGAGCAAAUAUUCUUGUUCGAUAUCUGGGUCAGGAAUCUCAUACUUGCCCUCUCUCUGGUGCUGUAUCCCUUUGUAAUCCUUUCAACUUGGUCAUUGCCGAUGAGGAUUUCCAUAAGGGCUUUAACAAUGUUUAUGACAAAGCUCUUGCAACUAGUCUCUGCAAAAUUUUCAAGAAGCAUGCUCUUCUAUUUGAAGACAUGGGAGGUGAAUAUAACAUUCCAAUGGUUGCCAAUGCGAAGUCUGUCAGAGAAUUUGAUGAAGGACUUACCCGAGUUUCAUUUGGCUUCAAGUCAGUGGAUGACUACUACUCCAACUCAAGUAGUUCAGAUUCCAUAAAAAACGUGUGCACUCCUUUGCUUUGCAUCCAGGCUGGAAAUGAUCCAAUUGCUCCAUCUAGGGGAAUUCCUCGUAAAGAUAUUAAGGAAAAUCCAAACUGUAUGUUGAUAGUUACACCUAAAGGUGGCCAUUUAGGGUGGGUUGCAGGUGCUGAAGCUCCACGCGGAUGUCCUUGGACUGAUCCUCAUGUGAUGGAUUUCCUGGAACAUCUGGAAAGAGAAAGACCUGAUGCCACUGCAUCUCGCAGUAAAUCCGAAGGUUUUCAGCAAAUAGAGGGAUUGCACCACCUAGAGGUAUAGCUAGCAAAUGAUUUCUAAGAAGGCGACUCAGGCACAACACCAGGGAGGUCCAUGCCCUAAUAACUUCCAAAACUAGUACCUUUUUUCUGGUUGAAUGCGGAGAAAUGUACAACUACAGAAGUAAAAUUAUUGGUAGCUUGUGUGUGUCAUAAGCCAAUUCUGUAUUUGGCAAUGGCAAGAAACCUUUUCGGAUAUUAUUCCGUAAAUUUCUUAUUGAUUAAGGGCUUACAACAUAAUAUUACUUUGGCAAUUUGAAAGUUUGCAUACGCAUUUUAAUUGGUGAAAACUGUAUGUGAACGAGCCUCAGUACUUAACAAAUAUGAUAUUGAAAGACGUGGUUUUCAUUUGAA